GCCCGCUCUCGGCGCGUCCCUGCAGCCCUCGGAUUCCUGCAGCCGGCCUGGGGCGCGCUCGGUCGCUCCGAGAAGUGUCCCCAUUGCGGCCCCCGGACGAUGGCCACCAAGAUCGACAAAGAGGCUUGCCGGGAGGCGUACAACCUGGUGCGCGACGACGGCUCGGCGGUGAUCUGGGUGACUUUUAAAUAUGACGGCUCCACCAUCGUCCCCGGCGAGCAGGGAGCGGAAUACUCGCAGUUCAUCCAACAGUGCACAGAUGACGUGCGGUUGUUCGCCUUCGUGCGCUUCACCACCGGGGACGCCAUGAGCAAGAGGUCCAAGUUCGCCCUCAUCACGUGGAUCGGGGAGAACGUCAGCGGGCUGCAGCGGGCCAAAACCGGGACGGACAAGACCCUGGUGAAGGAGGUCGUCCAGAAUUUCGCUAAAGAGUUUGUGAUCAGCGAUCGGAAGGAGCUGGAGGAAGAUUUCAUCAAGAGUGAGCUGAAGAAGGCAGGGGGAGCCAAUUACGACGCCCAGACGGAGUAACCCCGCUGCCCCCGCCCCUGCCAAAGCCAUCUGCCUGCUCCCCGGGGGAGGGGACCCGGCCUCAGCCACCAGCCCACCCGCCCACCAGGGAGAGGAGAAGGGAUGAGAGGCAACACCCACUCCCCGCAUCUGCAGCCCCGACUCCCUCCUUCCCUCAGGCCUGCUGUGUCCCGUCUCACGGAGCUCAUGGGCCAUCUUUCUUUGAUCCUUUUCUUUCCAUCCCUUUUUUGUUCUAAAGAAAAAUCAUUUUGAUGCCCAGGUCAUGCGCGUCAUUAGAGCUGAGGGGCCUCGCGCGGCGACACCUUUCCUCGCAUUUCUCUCCUGCUCGGUGUGGCCUGCCUAGACCAUCCCCCAUGGCCUCCCGCUGCUUGCAGAGCCUGGGCUGGUGCCGCUGUCUUGAUUUUCUCUGGCAUGCCCUCCACUUGCCACUCGGGCAGCCAUGCCGCUAGCCGGGCCCAUAAACGGCACCCUCACAAGCACACGCGCUCAUCCGGGAGUCUGCAGGCCCCUGCCCCAGCCCCACUCGAUGUGCC